CGCAGUCACUUCUGUUAUGGCCCAAUGUACUGCUCGACGAGCGACAGAUCGGUGUUUGUGUAUGUUGGUGACGACCUCGUUGGCGCUGUCGACCAGCGAGCUGCAGAAGGGCGCCUUCUCCCUGGUGCAGCGGCGGCAGAACGCGCUCAGCCUGAAGCAGGGCGCCGACGGCCGAGGCCACGGCUCCCUCAUGCUGGGCCCCAUGAUGCCCGGGCCCUACGGGCCCGCGUCCCCGGAGUCGCCCGGGCCGUCGCCGUCACCGGACUCGCAGGGCCGCAUCGGCCGGUGGCCGUGGUACCGCAGCGCCUGGGACGAGCUGCGGCAGCGGCACUACAGCCCGCCGCACAGAUCCCGCGUCCCGGACUCCGAGAGCGAUGACCUGGAGGAGGAGGAGGAGCGGCCGCUGGACCUGUGCACCAAGCCGUGCCGGCCGCAGCCCCAGCCGCCGAGGACGCCGAGGACGCCGAGAACGCCCACCGCCCCCAUCUGGUCGCCCGCCUCGCAGUGCGAGAUGGAGCACGAGCCCCUGACCCCCGUCUCCCCCGUGUCGCCCGUGUCGCCCGCCGAGGCGCGAUGCGACGUCCGCCUCUGGCACCUCCCCUCCGACGGUGAAGUCAGCUCGGCGGGCAGCCCCCUCCCCAUCCCCUACCCGUCGACGCCGCCCAUCACGCCCACGCCGUCCAGCAGCCCGGCCACCAGGGCGCCGGCCUCGUCCACCACCACGCCGUCGGAGCGGCCGGAGCGAACCUUCCAGUGCAUGCAGUGCGGCAAGACCUUCAAGCGGUCCUCCACGCUCUCCACGCACCUCCUCAUCCACUCCGACACGCGGCCCUACCCCUGCUCCUACUGCGGCAAGCGCUUCCACCAGAAGUCCGACAUGAAGAAGCACACCUACAUCCACACCGGCGAGAAGCCCCACAAGUGCGUGGUGUGCGCCAAGGCGUUCAGCCAGUCGUCCAACCUCAUCACGCACAUGCGCAAGCACACCGGCUACAAGCCCUUCGCGUGCGGGCUGUGCGAGAAGGCCUUCCAGCGCAAGGUGGACCUGCGGCGCCACCGAGACACGCAGCACCCCGACGCCCCCGCCCUGCCGCCACCGCCGCAGGCACCGCAGCAGCUGCCGCAGCUACCGCCCUCGCCACCGACGCAGCCUCCGGCGUCACCGGCGCCGCCGUCGUCGCCAGUCCACGACGUCUCCAGCAGCAGCUGA